AUGUUCGGAUCACUCGCGGAUGGCCCUGAGCAUGAUGUUUCCCCUAUAUUAAAACUUUUAGAUUUUGGCAUUGCCCAGACAAUUCAUCCGCGUGAACUUGCUCUAGAUGGAACCGGAGAGCAACGGAACAUAGAAGAUAUAGGAAUAAUGAUGGCUGAUGUUUUGACUCUCCAAACCGACUCGAAGUAUACAGGAGCAGAAAUUGAAGUUGAUUUGAGCAGGCUUGGUUAUUCUUCUGCCGUAUUAUCCCCGGCCUCUGGUAUACUAGGCGAUCCCGAAUAUGGUGAUCCAGACCCGCUACCAUACAUUGAUCGAGACAUGCGCCUUAUUAUCGCGGCAUGUAUGGCGAGCGACCCCCAAGACCGUCCCAAGAUUGUUGACCUUGAACGAUGGGUUUAUAGCGAGGUUAGUAAUACGCAACCCGCAUAUUAUGGUACCAAUCCCGGUGGCGCAACAUGGGAGAGCAACGAGACAAUCUAUGAUAUCGUGCAGAAAUGCAUAUUUAAUGCUCUUUAA